UCCGGCAGUGUUGUUAUGCCAUGUACACACCACACGAGAUAAAUGUAAACAGAUUCACGUGGUGUGAUUUGUUUGUUGUAAACCUGAAGAAAUGAAGCAUUUAAGUGACGAUCGAAUGAAACUGGUUUUCGAAAAAUUAGCAAAAUAUAUCGGUGCUAAUGUGAAACUCCUGAUAGACAGGCCAGAUGGAACAUAUGUGUUCAGGGAGCAGAAAGACCGAGUGUACUACGUUUCGGAGAGAGUUUUAAGUUUGGCGUCGAAUGUCGCUCCUGACCAUCUAAUCAGUGUUGGAACGUGUUUCGGUAAAUUCACGAAAUCUGGGAAGUUUCGUCUCCAUAUUACAGCACUACAGUACCUCGCACCAUACGCACAGUACAAGAUCUGGGUGAAACCGUCAGGAGAGCAACAGUUUCUGUAUGGACAUAAUGUCCUGAAAUCUGGAUUGGGGAGAAUUACAGAAAAUACUCCGAAGUACCAAGGAGUUAUUGUACUUUCGAUGAACGACAUGCCACUUGGUUUUGGAGCAGCGGCAAAGGCUACAGCAGAGUGUAAACAUGCAGACCCUAUGGCAGUUGUAUGCUUCCACCAGGCAGACAUUGGAGAGUAUAUACGUUCAGAGGACACACUUAUCUGAUGGAAUCUAGUGGAACCUUUUUGUACAUAUUGUUAUUUCACUUAUAUUUUUUUAAAAUAAACAUACAAAAUAAUUA